GACUCAUAGGGAUCAAUCAGUUCUGGACGAUAAGCAAGAAUUAGGUGAAAUACCAAUUGUUAUAAACAACAGCGACAUACGUAUACGCAGCCAUACAACUACGGAUAUUAAAGGAACUUCAACCGAUGAUAGGCAUGCCAAAACUUCCUCGUUCCAUGGUAACUAUUAUGAUAGCCCCGAGAGUGACGUUGGUCAUGGUUGGGACGCCGGUGACGAUUAUGUUACUCGGAUACGCUCUAACGGCCCAGGAAUGAUUCAGGCACUAGACGACUUCGCCGCGGAUGACGGACCCGCUACUCUCGUUUCGGCGCCUGGGGUAGUUUGCCGGAACGGUAGAUAUUAUAUCCCAAACUUCAGAUGCCCACAAUCUAAUGUGCGGACAACAGCGAGGAUCGAAGGACAGCGCGGUAACAGGGUUAUCAUAAGCUUAACGCCGUCUUCAAUUGAACUCGGGCGUCCUGCUUAUACCGUGAAUAAGUCCCAGUUGGGUAUAGGUCGCUUUGAUUACCCGGAUAUAAAUAUGGUUCAGCUUGACGUCCUAAGAACCGAAUAUAGAACGUAUGGAAUUCCUGCGAUUGUAUUUGUUGCCCCAACUACUAUACUAAACCCAACCGAGGACCAAUUAACUUCUACAAGCAAUCCUCAGAGGUGGCCUAUUACUUACCUCAAAUUGAAAUUCCACGACGAUUCAACUGCAUGGGCUACACGGACCGUUUGGAUCAGUAACGUGGGGCCGGCGUCUUUCGCCAUUGAUGAGCACUUUGCGAAGGUAAGACAGGACCCACCAAUAAUACCGCGUCCUCCCGCAGAGAGGGCCAGGCUCCAAGAGGAUGGCAACAGAUGGAGAGCAAGCCAAAGCCCUGCGCCACAGGGGCCCGUGGCGACCGGUCAAAGAGACCGUAGCAGGAGGCAAGAAGCACCCACGCGCCCCCCCCGGACCCGCAACUCGCGUAGAGCACAGAACCAGGCACUUCCAGACCAAGCCCGACAGCCAUUAUCUAGGAACGCAACUCAGAAUCAGCGCGAAACAGGGAGUGGGAGUGGCCCCGCGGGACAACAAGAUCCACCAGCCCCGAACCAACCUCCCCAGGGCGCAACAGCGAGCGGGAGUGGUGUCUCUGGACUAAAUCCACCGGAGCAUUGGCUAAUCAAGUAUAACGACCCUACUAUCCGUCAGCUAGGCACCACCUGCCGCAAUUGUAUCGCCCCAUAUCCUACCGCCACACUCCGGUGUGGCUGUCGCUAUCACCUUGGAUGCCUUGAAUUUCACAGGACCCCCAGAAAGCGUGUAGCAAAAUGCCACGUUCACUCUACGCAAUGUUGGUCGUUUUUCUACUUUUCUUAUAGUGAUGUAUAUCGUUUUGUUAUGAUUGAUGCAACCGACUUUCUAAGUAACGGAAUUCCAUGGGCACGCGGACCAUGGACCGAUCCAUUUUGUGCCAUACCGGAGGACGAGGAACUUUCUUGCUCAAUAUGUGCGGAAAGGUCAGGGAUGGAGAAUAUGAAUAUACGCUUUGUAGCUACGCCUUGCACCCAUUACUUCCACGCAGGGUGCCUGGGCGAAUGGUUUAAGCACCAAGACCCCAUGAGACGGGGUCGAACAACUUGCCCGAUGUGUCGACGACAAGUCGAUAAGGUCUGGACAACAGCAAGGUGGUGGCAUAAGGACGAGUGGCUUAUGCCCACCAAUUCCUCUAAUGUGGUGACAAAUGUACGAUUUGUUGGUUGGGUGAUGCCGGAAGAAGGGGAUGAAGAACUUUAACCGCAUGAGAACCCCAUCCCUAUAGGUAGCCAAAAUCUAUUUAAGGCCUUAUUCUCCCUUUAGCAAAAGCAGCAGGAC